CCUCACACCAUGAAUGAAUCUCAUUAACGACCACGAUCUUCAACAAAUACCAUUGGUUCCGUGGUCUAGCUGGUUAUGGCAUCUCGUUAACACCGAGAAGGUCCCCGGUUCGAGCCCGGGCGGAAUCACAUUUUUGCCCUCCUGGACAAAACACCAUCGCGAACCACAUCACCACUUACACGCGAGCAACCCACAAGCCCACACUGUUUAGGGCAAAACAGGACUAGAUGCUCCGCUUUUCCCCUUCAUUUUUUGCACUCUCUUUCAACAGAAACGCCGCAGCAGAUGAGGCACAUACGGCCGGCCGGUUUCCAUCAACCAAAAGAAGCUUGGGUUCCGUGGUCUAGCUGGUCAUGGCAUCUCGUUAACACCGAGAAGGUCCCCGGUUCGAGCCCGGGCGGAAUCACUCCCCUCGCAGGACAAGCAACUCUAGGUUCCGUGGUCUAGUUGGUUAUGGCAUCUCGUUAACACCGAGAAGGUCCCCGGUUCAAGCCCGGGCGGAAUCACUUCCCUCUGGGACACACAACAACAACACCUUUGGUUCCGUGGUCUAGCUGGUUAUGGCAUCUCGUUAACACCGAGAAGGUCCCCGGUUCGAGCCCGGGCGGAAUCA